AUAAAUGGGAUAUCAAUUCUAAUUUCUUUUCAUUUUCUCUUUUUUUGGCCGGAUCAAAAACUAAUGACAGUAGUACAACUAAUAACCUUAUCCCAAUAAAAAAGGACAAAGAAAAGUUAUACUGGAUAGGGCCCAUCCCAUACCACCUUAUCCAAAUUCCCUUGUAAUCACCCCCCCGGAAAUUGCCGCCGCCAUUGAAACCAUAACCUGCACACAGUAAUCUUCUUCCGCACAAAACCCAACUGUUUUGAAUUUGAAUUUUCCUCUCUUCAGAUAAAUUAACCCUUUCUCAAAGAUUAGCUUUCCUCAAAGAAUGAAGCCCCACAUUCGAAAACUAGUCACCCAAUCAAUCCCUCCUCUCUCCUCUGCCACCCCAUCAGCUCCAUCGCCGCCGUCCGGCCUACCAUUCGCCUUGGAGACCCCCGUCCCCUUCCAUACACGGGCGGUUAUUGUUGUGGUCGUGGUCCUCGCCGCGGUUUUCGUAAUCGGCUGCUUUUCCAACUGCUUGCGCCAACUCUCCGACUACCCCGCCGCCGAGACAUCUCGUCGCCGGCGACAAAUUAGCCGGCAAAGAACGGCGUCGAACCUGCGUAAAGGGGUGGACCCCACGACGAUUCGGGCUCUGCCGGUGUACUCUUACCGUGGGGACGCCAAGUGCCAGAUCGACUGCGCCAUUUGUCUCAGCGAGUUCGAGGAGAGCGAGGCCGUGAAAGUCAUUCCGUUUUGCAGGCACGUGUUUCACCCCGUAUGCAUCGACACGUGGCUAUCGUCGCACUUGACGUGCCCGGUCUGCCGGUCGACCCGCUUUUUCGGUGAGGUGAAGGGUGGUGGUGAGGGUGUGAAACAGGAGAGGUGUGAUCAGGGUGUGAGCGAGUCGGGUGAAAGAUCGACGGUGGGAAACUGUGACGCGUGUAAUGAGGUGAGGGUGGAGGGAUCGUUUAGUUUUGGGGUCAGGAGGAACAGUAGUUGUUCGAGGUUGGGAGAUGGCGGUGUCUUGCAAAGAACAUCGAGUUUCUAAAGCUUGUACAUAAGAAUUACUUGUCUUUUCUUUUUUUCGUACAUAGAUGUAUAGUUGUCGUUACAGUCAAAUCAAUUCAUAGGUGGCUUUUGUGUGAGCACCGAUUGUUUGUUUAUACUUCUACAUCAUCACUAUA